AUGAAUUUUAUAAAAAAGAAAUUGAAGAGUCAUAAAAAGGAUGACGAGGAGGAAGAAUAUGAAAAAGCUGUGUAUGAGCAAUCUCUUCAUCCACAAAAUCCGGAUCAGAAGAUGAAAAACACUGAAGAGUGGCAAUUUUUUCAACAGUUGUCUAUGAAAGUUCAAGAUACUGUUCAAAAAACGCAAACAACAUUAAGCAAAUUAAAGGAUACUAGGCAAGAAGAUGAAGAUGAAGACAGAGAGCUGUAUGAAAAUGAUAAUGAGUUAUUGUCUAAGGGAAAUAUUCCUCCAUAUGGAACGGGAAAAGUUCUGCGUGCUCCCCCCAGACCCCCACCACCUGCAGGAGAAAAAUCUCUUGCUCCAGAUUUAGAUUUUGGAGGCGACUUUAGUCAGAGCUCUCCAUCAAAAGGUCCUCCAAGGCCUCCGCCUCCAGGAUCUUCAGAAUCUCCUCUUUCUUUAGAUUCAAGUGCCUUGCAGGGAGCAGUUGGAAGAGGGUUUGGAUCUCCUGCUCGACCUCCUCCACCAAAUGUUGCAAAAUUCGAUAAUACUCACUUUCAAGAUAAUUAUAAAGCAACUGAUUUAGAGCUGUCAGAUUUAGGUACAGGAAAAGAUAGUACUUCAUUUUCAUUGUUAGAUGAGUUUGGUUUCAAUAGUGAGCCUGUUGUGUCAAGCACAAAUGCUAAUAUGCAAGAUCUUUUGUUUCUUGACGAUAAAGAAGAAGUUGAUCCAUUUGAUACGUCAUUUGUUGAUGUUAAUAAUAUUACAUCAGUAUCUGAGCAGAAAAAUGGAACUAAGAAAGCAUCAGAAAAUAGCUUUAAUCCGUUUAGCAGUUCUUCAGUAUCCAAUGAAUGGCUAAAUGAUGCUCCUAAAAGUGUUGAUACAAAUAAAAAGGCCUUGACCAACCCUUUUUUCUCAGGCCUGAUGGAUGAACCAAAACCUAGCUCUAAUCAAGAUAAUGUUCAUUCAUUAUCUUCCCAUAAUCCCUUCAGUUUGAAUGAUCCUAUUGUUAAUUCUUCUGAAAAUGAUCUUUUUGGCCUUAAUAUUGCUCCUUCUUUCACAAAAGACAAUGUAGCUGAUGAUGUGUCUUUAAAAGCUGAAGAGUCCCGUCGAGUUUCAGUGGAGCAUGUCUCUGAAAAUUUGAGUGAUAUUUCCAAUUCAGGCUCAAAAUCUUCUAAUCUGUUGGAGGAUAUUAUUUCCCAAGAUACAUGUUCACCAGCAGCAACUCAAAUGAAAAGAAUUACAGAAGAUGCAACAGAUGUUUGGCAAGAUGAAAAUGAUCAUACAAGUGUUUUCCCCACUGAUGCAAAUUCUAAUGUUCCAAUAACACCCGAGAAAACUUUAGAAGCAUCUUUAAUUUGGGAUUCUGAUACAUUACAUGCAGAUAUUUUAGUUCCAGAAAAGCAUGAUGCUGGUGAAACUCAGUCAAAGAUGCUUGAAACUAAUGAAGAAGCUAGCUUAAAAAAUGAACCUGUUGAACUUUCAGAGAACAGUUUUGUUGCAUCAAAUGAACCAGGUUCAGAUUCUGAGACUCUUCCUUAUCCUCAGGAUUCUCAAACUAAUAAUGGCCCUAUCCAGCCAACUUCAUUAAUAAAUGCUAUGGUUUCAGAUGUUCCCUCUUCAAAGGAAAGUGAUAUAAGUGGAUUUAGCUCAGAAGCAUUUGGCUCAUCUGCUACGUUAGAAGAACAUUCUCAUAGGAAAACUUCAGAUGCUUCUGAGGGAUUUGAAGUUAAACUAGCAGAAAAUUCAGAUAUUGUUGGAAAAGCAGAAGUUGCUACAAUGGAAAAUGAUAGCUUUUCAAAACCAUUUGAAGGCGAGAGUGAAGAAAAUGCUUUCUUGUUUAAGGUGAAGAGUUCGAAAUCAGACCUAGAAUUUGAUGCUUUUGCUGCAAAAUUUGAAAAUGUAAAAGACAGUCAGGAAACUGAUCCUUUUGAUCCUUUUAUGAGUAAAAGAGCACCAACUUUGAAGAAAAUUCAAGAAAACUACAAAGGAUUUGAUAGUAUGGAUGAAUUUGAUCCUUUUAAAGUAUCCGCAAAAGCAGAAGAAACAUUAGUAAUGAAAAAAGAAUCUUCACGGGAUUCUUUUGAAGAUUAUGAUAAUGAAGUAGAUUUCUCUGUUGUUAUCAGACCCAAAGUAAAAGACAGUAGUGAAGUAACAUUGUCUACCAUGGAACCCCCAAAACUUCUGCCCCCACCUAAAACUCCUACCAAAGCUUUUGAAUCUACCCCUUCACGAUUCAAUCCUUUUGAUAAGGAUUUUCUUGAUCUUGGUGAAAUUUCCAAAGUUUCAGAAAAAGGAACUGCUUCUGUUGAGGCAGAAGAUGAAGUUAUUCCUGCACUUGGAGAAGCAGGAGUUAGAAAAGCUGAUUCUAUUGAAUCCCCACUUUCACCUCUGUUUGAUGAUGAUACAUCUUUACCAUUAGAGACAUUCCCUAAAAAGUUUGAUAGGGAAGGCUGGGAAAUGGUUUUGAGACAACCAAAUAAAAAGAAAUUAACUGGUAAUAGAUUUUGGAAAAAAAUAUUUGUCAAACUUUCUGAGAAUAGCGUUUUGCAACUUUUCAACAAAAUCGAUGAUAAACUGCCUUUUCAGGAACUUCCAUUGCAAGCAUGUUAUUCACUAUCAGAAAUUGGAGCCCAGCAGUAUGAUCAAUAUGGAAAAAUAUUUACUGUCAAAUUGCAGUAUAAAUUUUAUCGCGAGAGAGUUGGUGUUAGACCUGGACAGAUAUCUAAAGUUACUCAGGGUCAAGUUACUUCAAUGGGAGAUGUUGCAAAACUUGGUUUACCUCUUCAACAUUCUGCCCAAACAUCACAACUUUUGAAAUUAGGAUCUCAAUCAUAUUCAGACAUGCAGUUGUUCAUUCAGGAAGUUGAAGAUGCUCUUUUCCGCAUGGUUGUUCACAGAGAUCGUGUUCUCACUUAUAAAACAGAAGAAGUACAAGUCAUUGCACAAGAUGAAUUUUAUGUUGAGCAAAGUAAAACGGGCCAUAUUGACAAACAGCUUGCACGUGUUCGCAUUUUCUUUUUGGCAUUUAUCACAGGCAUGCCAUCAGUUGAAGUUGGUUUGAAUGACAUUAUCAGACAAGGCAAGGAGGUUGUUGGAAGAUAUGACAUUAUACCUGUAGUAACUGAGGAAUGGAUCAGGCUAGAGGAUUGUGAAUUUCAUUCAUGUGUCAUUCAAGAUGAGUUUUAUAAAAAUCGUGUGAUAAAGUUUCAUCCACCAGAUGCUUGUCUUUUUGAGCUAUUACGUUUUCGUAUUCGACCUCCUAAAAGACGGGAGCUUCCACUACAGGUUAGAGUUUUUAUGACUGUUAGCAACACAAGGGUAGAAAUAAGGUCUGAUAUAUUAGUUCCAGGAUAUAGUAGUAGAAAACAAGGUCAAGUGCCAUGUGAAAAUAUUCAGAUACGUUUCCCUGUCCCUGAGUGUUGGAUCUAUCUUUUUAGAACUGAAAAACAUUUUCGGUAUGGAUCUAAAAAAUCCACUGCUAGAAGACCAGGAAAAAUCAAGGGUUUGGAGAGGAUAAUUGGAGCAGCACAAAAUCUUGAUCCAAGUUUGAUUGAGGUAUCAGCUGGUCAAGCAAAGUAUGAACAUGUCUUCCAUGCUGUUGUCUGGCGAAUUCCCCGUUUGCCAAAAGAAGGCCAAGGAGCAUAUACUCAGCAACUUUUUCUGCUUCGUACCGAGUUGACCUCAUUUGAUCAGAUUCCUGAAACUUUUGAGCAGUAUGUUGAUGUUGAAUUUACAAUGCCUGCAACUUAUGUUUCUCAUACAACCGUUCGUUCAGUAUCUGUGACAAAUCCUAUUCCUCCAGAAAAAUAUGUUCGAUACAUUUCAAAGCAUGAAUAUAAAGUUGAAAUUGAUUUUAAAAGUAGUUCUGAUGAAAUAGAUGGCUUAAUGUCUUCACCAAAUGUUAGCGCUCCUGUCACUACUACUCCAGCUGUGCAAGAAAGCACUGAAGAAGAAGAAAAGGAUGAUGAUAGUGAUUAA